AUGCAGACUCUACGUGAAAAGAAGACAAAACUAAUUCAGAUCCUGUCUGCUGAUAUCGGCUUUGUCCUCCAGCAUGUGCAGGAGAAACAACUCAUCACUGACCGUGACUACACGAACCUCAAUGUCUCUUCUCAUAAACAUGAACAGAUUUCUAUCAACUUACUGGACAUACUGAUGAACAAGGAUGAAGAAACAUGUCAGAAAUUCAUCAGUCUAAUGAAGGAGCCUGUUAUUGUGAACCAGUUUCCAGGACUAAAAGAUCUUUUCCCAACUCAGUCUCCAGAACUUACAUCCAAUCAGUCCCUGAGUGCAGUACCAGACAAUCAAGACAUCAGAACCAAACUGAAAUCCAGUCUGAAACGGAAAUAUGGGAGCAUUUUGGAUGGAACAUCAGUAAGAGGCAGGAAAAAGUUCCUGAAUGAUAUCUACACUGAUCUUUACAUAGUGGAGGAUGAGACUGGAGGAGUCAUUCAUGAACAUGAGAUUAUGCAGGCUGAGGCAUCAACUAGGAGAUUUACCACAGAACAAACUCCAAUCACAUGCAGUGACAUUUUCAAAGUCCCAUCUGAUCCAAGUCGAAGAAAGAGAAAAGUGCUGACUAUGGGAAUUCCUGGAGUGGGGAAAACUGUCUCAGUGAACAAAUUCAUACUGGACUGGGCAGAGGGAAAGAACAACCAGGACAUAGACUUUAUUUUUCCACUUCCCUUUCGAGAGCUGAAUUUGAGGAAAGAUAAAAACUACAAUCUGAUAGAGUUGCUUCAUAAAUGUCUUCAAGGUUCUGCUGAAUUGAAGUCUCUUCCAGAUGGUGAUGGUAAAGUCAUGUUCAUUUUUGAUGGACUUGAUGAGUGUCGCUUUCCUCUUGGAUUCAAUGAUGUCGGUGAGGAAAUAGAAGAGGAGGAUAAAGAAGAAAAGAUUGAUCAGAAAACAUCAGUGGGUGGACUAAUAACCAACCUAAUCAAGGCAAAUCUGCUUCCCUCUGCUCUCAUCUGGAUAACCUCCAGACCAGCUGCAGCCCAUCUGAUCCCUCGAGACUACAUUGACCAGGUGACUGAAGUACGAGGAUUCAGUGAUGAACAGAAGGAAGACUACUUUAAGAAGUACAACAGGAAGAACCAGGAUAUGGCCAAAAAAAUGAUCUCACACAUAAAGAAAACAAGAAGCCUCCACAUCAUGUGUCACAUACCAGUCUUCUGCUGGAUAUCAGCCACUGUGCUUCAGCCAAUGCUAGCCAAAGAUACUACUGAAGAACUUCCCACAACUCUGACUAGGAUGUACACACAGUUCCUGAUUUUUGAAACUAAUCAGAUGAAAAAGAAAUAUGACACUGGGCACAUCAUUGUGAAGCUUGGAAAGUUGGCCUUCCUUCAGCUGGAGAAGGGUAAUCUGAUAUUCUAUGAGGAAGACCUGAGAGAGUGUGGCAUGGAUGUCAGUGAGGGUUCAGUGUACUCAGGAUUUUGCACACAGAUAUUCAGUCAAGAGCAGGGAGCCUCUGAGAGGAUGGUGUUCAGCUUUGUUCAUCUGAGUGUUCAAGAAUUCCUUGCUGCAGUCUAUGUGUUUCUUUCGCACUGUAAUGAUGGUGAGAAUGUUCUUUAUCCUGAUCGAAUUUGGUAUACCUUUAAAAGGAAGUCAAAGAACUUAAAUAAACUCCACAGAUGUGCCAUUGACAAGGCAUUACAGAGUGAGAAUGGGCACCUGGAUCUUUUCCUCCGCUUCCUCCUUGGUCUCUCUCUGGAGUCCAAUCAGAGAAACCUGAAAGAUCUACUACCACAAACAGUGAUCAGUGUAGAGAGUGUGGAGAGAACAAUCGACUACAUCAAGACAAAACUCAAUGGAAACAUCUCAUCAGAGAGGAGCAUCAAUCUCCUCUACUGUCUGAGUGAACUGAAGGAUGACUCCCUUGUGCAUGAAAUUCAAAAUUACUUGGGCUCAGGACGUCUCUCAACAGAAAAGCUGUCAUCUGCCCAGUGGUCAGCUCUGGUCUUUGUGCUGCUGAUGUCAGAUGAGACUCAGGAAAAGUUUGAGCUGAAGAAAUACAGAGGAUCACAUGAAGGGUUGAGGAGACUUCUGCCAGUACUGAAAAACACCAAACAGGCUCUACUUGCUGAUUGUAAACUCACUGAACAGUCCUGUGAAGCUGUAGCCUCAGUUCUACAGUCAGUGAACUGUCCCCUGAGAGAACUGGACCUGAGUAACAAUGACCUUCAGGAUUCAGGAGUGAAGAUGCUCUGUGUGGGACUGGAGAAUCCACACUGUAAACUGGAGAUACUGAGACUUUAUAACUGUAAACUCACUGAACAGUCCUGUGAAGCUGUAGCCUCAGUUCUACAGUCAGUAAACUGUCCCCUGAGAGAACUGGACCUGAGUAACAAUGGCCUUCAGGAUUCAGGAGUGAAGAUGCUCUGUGUGGAACUGGAGAAUCCACACUGUAAACUGGAAAUACUGAGACUUGCUCUCUGUAAUCUCACUGAACAGUCCUGUGAAGCUGUAGCCUCAGUUCUACAGUCAGUAAACUGUCCCCUGAGAGAACUGGACCUGAGUAACAAUGACCUUCAGGAUUCAGGAGUGAAGUUGCUCUGUGUGGGACUGAAAAGUCCACACUGUAAACUGGAGAUACUGAGGUUGUCUGGAUGUUUAGUGACAGAGGAAGGCUGUUCUUCUCUGGCUUCAGCUCUGAGUUCAAACCCCUCACACCUGAGAGAACUGGAUCUGAGCUACAAUCACCCAGGAGACUCAGGAGUGAAGCUGCUCUCUGACAUAAAGAAGGAUCCAUGCUGUCAACUGGACACACUCAAGGUGGAUCAUGGAGCAGAGUUCAGGAUCAAACCAGGAUUAAAAAAAUAUGCCUGUGAUCUCACACUGGACCCAGAUACAGUAAACCCAGAUCUCUCUCUGUCUGAGGGGAACAGAAAGGUGACACAUGUUGAAGAGAAUCAGUCGUAUCCUGAUCAUCCAGAGAGAUUUGAUAACUGGUCUCAGGUCAUGUGUAGAGAGAGUCUGACUGGACGCUGUUACUGGGAGACUGAGAGGAGUGGAGGUGCUUUUAUAUCAGUGACAUAUAAAGGAAUCAGGAGGAAAGGAGACAGUGUUGACUGUGUGUUUGGACACAAUGAAAAUUCUUGGAGUCUGUGGUGCUCUGGUAACAGUUACACUGCCCGUCACAGUAAUCAGGAAACUGUUAUACCUGCACCCCCCUCUCACACACACAGAGUAGGAGUGUAUCUGGACUGGUCGUCUGGAACUGUGUCCUUCUACAACGUCUCCUCUGACACACACACACUCACACACAUACACACAUUCCGCUCCACAUUCACUGAGCCCCUCUAUGCAGGGUUUUAUGUUUAUGAUGACUCC